GAAUUUCCAGUUUAGUUCUGACCGCAAACCCCAUCAACUCGGAGCCACUAUAUAUAUACUAAUAUAUUUUUUAGCAGCAAAAUGUGGAGCGAUCUGGCUGGUAAGGUAAUCCUGGUGACCGGUGCUGGUGCCGGCAUUGGCCACGCUUUGGUCAGGCAACUGGCCAGCUCUGGAGCCACCGUCAUUGCAGUGGUCAGGAAGGAGGAGCAGCUGAAGGAGCUGGUUUCCUACUAUCCCAAGUACAUUCAGCCGCUGCUGUUGGACCUCAGCGAGUGGCAAAAGGUGCGAGAGGUCCUGGCCAAGGUGCCCCUGCUGGAUGGAUUGGUGAACAAUGCCGGUGUGGCCAUUAUCAAGCCGUUCGAGGAGCUCACCGAGCAGGACUUUGACACUCACUUUAAUGUCAACAUAAAGGCCGUGUUUAAUGUAACCCAGGCUCUGCUGCCCCGUCUACGGGAUGGCUCUUCCAUUGUCAAUGUGUCCUCGAUAGCCUCUAGUCGUUCCUUUGGCGGCCACACUGCCUACAGUGCCACCAAGGCGGCCCUCGAUUCGCUGACCAAGUCACUGGCCCUGGAACUGGGUCCCCGCAAGAUUCGCGUCAACUCUGUGAAUCCCACCGUGGUGCUGACCAAAAUGGGUCGCGACAACUGGACGGAUCCGGCCAAGAGUGGUCCCCUGUUGGCCCACAUUCCGCUGAAUCGUUUCUGCGAGGUGUACGAGGUCGUGGACGCCACUGGCUAUCUGCUGAGCAGCAAGUCCAGCUUCGUGAAUGGCCAUCACAUUCUGCUCGAGGGAGGCUAUGCCGUAUCCUAAACUCUGAAAACUCGAAAAUAUAUUACCAAGUUUUGUUUGCCAAGAAAAA